CAUGGGAGUCCACCGACAUGGCCAUUAUGCCAACUGCUCGUCCCACAAGGAUACUCUUGACAUGUGUGAUGCCUACAUGCUGCUUCAUGGAGCUACUGGGGACAUGUUCCACUGCAGAGACAGCACAGAAUGGCACCCAGAAAUCGUGGGAUUUCAUGAAGACGCAUGACAGGCAAGGGGCCCGGCUCUCCUGGGCUGCAGGGGACAGGCGGAUGGGUGCCGGGGCCCGGGCGAGGGGAGCUGCCCUGUGCUGAGCCCUGGCCACCUGCUGCCCGCGCAGUGUGACCGUCCUCAUGUUUGACUCCUCUCGGAGAAGCUUGGUGCUGGUGAAGCAGUUCCGGCCAGCUGUGUAUGCGAGAGAGAUGGAACGCCGCUUCCCGGGUUGCCUGGCAGCUGCGGGCGAGGGCGGGCCCCAGGAGCUGCAGCCGGCACUGCCCGGCUCGGCUGGAGUGACGUUCGAGCUGUGUGCCGGCCUCAUCGACCAGCCUGGGCUGUCACUGGAGGAGGUGGCCUGCAAGGAAGCCUGGGAAGAGUGCGGCUACCGCCUGGUCCCCUCUGAUCUGCGCCACGUCUCCACGUACAGGUCCGGAGUGGGACUGACUGGCUCCAUGCAGACCAUGUUCUACGCAGAGGUGACAGACGCCCAGCGGAGCGGCCCCGGGGGCGGCCUGGCUGAGGAGGGUGAGCUCAUUGAGGUGGUCCACCUGCCCCUGGGUGCUGCCCAGGCCUUUGCAGACAACCCAGACGUCCCCAAGACACUUGGCGUUAUCUUCGGUAUCUCUUGGUUCCUCAACCAGGUGGCCCCUGGUCUGGGUCUGGUGAGCCCCAGACCCACACUGCAGACCCAAUAAAGGCACUGCGGCCCUGA